AUGGCUCAGGUGCCCCCUCCACGGCCCACAGAUAACACGGAUGAUGACCUGAUGCCCCAGCCCCUCCACGGCACGCAUCAUCAUCCUCUUGACAGGGCCGUUGCCAACCUUACGAACACCAUCACCAGUAGUACCGAUGCCAACGACGACGAUGGUGGUGACCUCAACACGGUGGACGCGACAGAACUCGAUCAGCCAGCUCGUAUUCCUGAAAGAGCGGGCAACCCUGGCCCUGUCGCGUCUUUUGAGUCUCUCCAUGGUCUUUCCAAGCUCAGGGAGCGUUUUGGAAUGAGCCCAACGAAGCGCCAGAGCCGUGUUCGAAAGCACUCGCCUUGGAGAACUUCCCCGCCCAGCUACUCACAACCAUCUUCUCAACUUGAAAAGGAGCAGUCAAGCAUGCCCUCCAUGUCCGCAAAAAGCUCAAAACGUCCUCUGCCUCCCGGUCUGGCGUCCGGCAACGGCUCGCCCCUGAAGCGCCAGUAUAGUUUACCGAACUUGACAUCUGCCGACGACGAACCUCCCUUCAUGAUAGAGCCGCGCCCACCAGCGCCCACCAGGCGCUGGGCUAAAGGCAGCAGUACCACGCGUUCAACUUCAUGCGCGUUCAGCACCGACAAUGCACUUUCAAAUGCUAGCAGCGACUUGGACAACCACAUUGAUUCAAGCCUAUCCAGUGCCAGGGCAGAUCGCCGCGUGGGAGAGCCAGAUACCGAGCAGGAUGAGCCAGAUACCGAGCAGGAUGACCUCCUGCAGCAUUUCGAGCGAAUCAAACACGAGGUAUUCACUUUUAGCGCUGCCAUGGAGUCACAUCGAGUCUCUGGAGUGGAGCAACGUAACAUGCUCUUGGCCCAGAAUUCCCAGCUGAGGUCCUCUCUGGCCCAUGCCGAGGAGAAGCUCCAGUCCGUCAUGGAAGAAAGGGACCACAGCAGGGCCGAGAAAGAAGAUGUCGAAAAGAUAUUGGUCGAGGUCCGAGGAAGAGAGAAGACCCUGGAGGCCGAGAGGAAGGACCUCAUAAACGAGGUUUGCGCAGAAAUUGAGGCACAUCGUCAGACAAAGCGCCAACACAUGGUCAUACAGAGCAGCCUUGAGACCCGACUCGAGAACAGUACGAAGCUCUCUGAACGGUAUCGACAGCAGCUCACUGAGAGACGGGAAGCCCUCGAGAAAUCGGAGGAGCGCCAGCAUGACUUGGAGAAUCAAGUGGAGCAGAUGGACCUCAUGCUCAGAGAAGGAUGCCGCAUGAUCCACGAGCUCAUAUAG